GUUUUAAUUUACGAUCUUUCAUCCUUUACAGAUAUCAUAAAAUUAUAACGACACAAAAAUACACUUAUUUGAAUUUAUCUGAAGUACCCGAAAUGAUGUCGUACAAUAUUACAUAAAAUCCCACACAAUUGGGAUACAAUUGAUUUAUCUACAUUUUAUAUAAACAAAUCGACGAAAAACAACUCUCUUGAAAACAUUCCGGAAGAGAACUAUAGCGCGUCGCGGCGACAUUCAUUGACCUUUCGUACAUUGAACGUGCGGCGGCGAUGAACCGUGACAUAAAUUACAAUAAUUUCGCGGCAGCCGGUCUCUUGUAAUUCGAUGCUUAAUGAUAGCGACGGCUUCGACGACGGGAUUCCCGCGUAACUUGGCGAUUUAUUCAGCUGAAAAUUCUAAACCGGUAUUUCAACGAAGACGACAACGACGAUGACGGCGAGGACGGAUAUUCGACAGAGAGCUGUUGCACAUCGACUAGUGAACGAUCCUCGAUCGCAGUAGAUGAAUAAAAAAUUAUCGCGUACACAUCGGCUGAAUGCAUAAUCGUAUUUAGUGUUUACGAAAUGAAAAUUCUCGUUCCGUGGUCGCUCGUGUUAAUCAUAUUCAGUCCGGGCAUUCUGGGAACAAAGCAUUGUGUGCGUGACAAUUCCCUUAUAUAAGGAAUCGCGUCAAGAUGAGGAUAUUAUUGGUCACGGUCGCGAUACUCGUAGUCGUCGAGGUAUCUGGAACUUAUCAGAAUUGGGAGAAUUUCUUCAAUAAUCCUGGCUUGAGAAACGGAAGAGGAAAUAACCGUGGCCCACCUUGGGCGUAUCCGCUACAACAGGACUAUCUGCAAAACAUUGCAUUGGGUUCCGACGUCGAAUGGGUGUGCCGAAACGCGAAGACGAAUGAUAUGAUGAUUAUUACCGCCGAUAGCACGCGAACGACGUCACAAAAUCCUGGUAGAGGACCGUGGCGAUGGCAAAAUGUUCCACCGGGUCAUCGAAGACACGAACAGGAAGGAAACUAUUGGACUCAACCGCUUAUUAUCGUUCAACAAGGAGUUAAAGAUGGUAACAAUGAAGGGGGUAAUCCCUCUCAAACGCCAUCGCCGAAUACAUCGCCGGAAACAAAUAAUGAUAAUCAACAGCAGACCACGCCGAAAUCUCACGGUGGAGAAGGAUUAAUUGAUAUUAGAUUCGGACAAAAUGCUUCUUGAAGAGAGAUAAACUGUAAUCCUAACCAAAAAAAUACAAUCUACAAAAGUAAAAGAAGAAAUAUGGCGUCGCGACACUACCGUGUUGCUUGAAAAUAUAUAACAGAAAAAAUAAACAAUAUU